UGGGGUAGAAAAAUUACAGGAUGUCUGUGUGUUUAAAAUGAAAGUGGGAGCAUGUCUACAUGGGUAGUCUACAGAAAGGAGACAACGGAAUACCAAAGGCUGGGAAGUAGUCUCAGUGUCCUGAACUCAUUCUCCCCAGCCCUUCAUUUGGGUGGCUACAGUGACUUCUCUUCUGGACCCUAAGUCAGACAGCACUCAUCAAACACCUAGUGAACACAUCAUUACUAUUCUGUGUCAUUGAUCCACCAGGGGACCUCAGCAAUCAAUCACCAGCACACAAUUGAUAAACAGAAUGGGGCUUUGGGCUUUGGCAAUCCUGACAGUUCUCAUGUAUUUCACAGUAACGAAGAGCAUCCAGACUUGAAUACGACUGGAUACAUGAAUGUCACCAUACAUAAAAGGCCUCCAGGCUGUAGCAUUCCCAGUUAUUUGAUGUACUCAACAGUAGCUGGAUCAGAAAAAAAUUCCAAGAUAACUUGCCCAACAAUUGGCCUUUAUAAUUGGACAGCACCUGUUCAGUGGUUUAAGAACUGCAAACCUCUUCAAGGACCAAAGUACAGGGCCCAUAGAUCAUACUUGUUCAUUAACGAUGUGAGGCAAGAAGAUGAAGGUGACUACACAUGUAAAUUCACACACACUGAGAAUGGAACCAAUUACACAGUGACUGCAACCAGAUCAUUCACGGUUGAAGAAAAAGGCUUUUCUGUGUUUCCAGUAAUUAAAGCCCCUCCACAUAACAGAACCAUAGCAGUGGAAAUAGGAAAACCAGUGACUAUCACUUGCUUAGCUUGCUUUGGUAAAGGCUCUCAGUUCUUGAUGAAUGUUCGGUGGCAGAUUAAUAAAAGGAAUGUUGAAACUUUUGGCGAAGCAAGAAUACAAGAGGAGAAAGAACAAAAUCAAAGUUCCAGCAAUGGCAUGGAUUGUUUAACCUCAGUGUUAAGAAUAACUGAUGUGAGAGACAAGGAUUUGUCCCUGAAAUAUGACUGUCUGGCCCUGAGCCAUCAUGGCAUGAUAAGGCACACUGUGCAUCUGAGAAGAAAACAGCCAAUUAAUCAUCAAAGCACCUACUACAUAGUUGCAGGAUGUAGUUUACUGCUAAUGCUCAUCAAUGUCUUGAUGAUAGUCUUAAAAGUGUUCUGGAUUGAGGUUGCUCUGUUCUGGAGGGACAUAGUGACACCUUACAGAACUCAAAAUGAUGGCAAGCUCUAUGAUGCUUAUGUCAUUUACCCACGAGUCUUCAGGGGCAACUCAGCAGGAACCAGUUCUCUGGAGUACUUUGUUCAUCACACUCUGCCCGAUGUUCUUGAAAAUAAAUGUGGCUACAAGUUAUGCAUUUAUGGGAGAGACCUGCUGCCCGGACAAGACGCAGCCACCGUGGUGGAAAGCAGUAUCCAGAACAGCAGAAGACACAUGUUUGUCCUGGCCCCCCUCAUGAUGCACAGCAAGGAGUUUGCUUACGAACAGGAGGUUGCCCUGCACAGUGCCCUCAUCCAGAACAACUCCAAGGUGAUUCUUAUUGAAAUGGAGCCUCUGGGUGGGGCCAGCCCACUGCAGGUUGGAGAUCUUCAAGAUUCUCUCCAGCAUCUUGUGAAAAUGCAGGGGACCAUCAAGUGGAGGGAAGACCAUGUGGCCAACAAGCAGUCUCUAAGCUCCAAAUUCUGGAAGCAUGUGAGGUACCAAAUGCCAGUGCCAAACAGACUACCCAAGACGGCGUCUUUGAGUGACAAGACAUGCUUGGACCUGAAACAGUUUUGAGUUGUGGCCACUCAACUCUGACCACCCAGAGUUGGAUGUGUCCCAGCAGCUGGGCAGUGGAGUGGACCUGUGAAGACUUGGGAUGUCAAGGGUAGCAGCCACAGUCCCAGUUAACAAACUACUCUAGUUUGUUUUCCUGCUUGUGGGUGGGGCCCCACCUCUCUUCUCUAUGCUCUCCUUUGCCCAUUUCAUUCGUUUGGGGCACAAGAACCUCUCUGUGCCGUUUCUUCUCCUCCACUUCUCUCUUUCUUCUUUCCUUUCAAUCCUCAUCAAUAAUUUACUCUCUGGCUAUCAAGCUGGUGCUUCUAGAGUAAAAUCUGAUUCAUUUCUAAGAGCAUCCUCAUGCCCAGAGGCAGCACACCAUAGUAAAUCACAUUCCCAACACACCAGAAUUUCAUUCUUAUAUUUUUAACUUGUCAGUUACCCAGUUUUGUCAUGUCAAUAUCAUCAAAUUUUUCAAGUACCGUAUCCAAGUUGCCCUUAAGUAAAUCUUUUUUUCAGUUCUAAAUGUCUUUCAUGUAGUUUUAUUCUCUUUAGAAAUAUUUUCUCACAAGAAAAGCAAUAAAGGUAUAUUUGAAAACAGAAAGUAAGAAAGAAAAUAUAAUAAAAAAGCAACCAUAACCCUGCCAUCUUAAGAUUAAUUUUGGCAAGUAAGCCUGUAUUUUAAAUAUAAUUAAGAUGUAUAUAUGUGUAAUUUGUAUAGCUGGGACUUACAAUACUGACUUUGCAUUUUUCCUAUUUAUCGCCAUAAUGAAACUCGGUGGCAUGUCACUGAGCUUCUUUAACAUUUACAGACGCUCAGGGUGCCCCAACUCAGCUUGUGCUGCAGACUCCAGCUAAAGUGGUCACUAUGAGAAACAAGCCUGCUGUGCCACACCAUCACAAUCACAGCUACUGACUCAAAUAUGCUUGUCACCGCAAGACAACUGACUUUUUGUGAUACUUCUAUGGAAUGUGUAGGGAAUUUGGACAGAACAGACAAUCUGUCAUCCAAAGGUCCUCUGGACUGUCUUCUUUAGGAGAACACACAUGCUCUGGGGGGCAUGGAUCUUCAGGAGUGAUCCAGAGCCAAGAGUUGUAUCUUACUGGCACCUGGAGUUUCGCUGGUGAGCCCUGCUUGGGUUACUCACUAAGUGACGGCAUGCCACACUGAAAUGACAAUGGAAACAGAAUAGAUACUAACUCUUGAAAUAGAGAGCAGUCUUGAACUCACAGUCAACGUACAUUUCAGAGUCCUGACUGCAGAGAAGUCACAUACCCAGAAGUCUGUGAAAAGCAUGCAGAAUCGCUCCUCUUUCUAGGGACUCUGUGUUCUUAGUCUGUACCCUUCAGUUGGCUUGCCAAGUAAACAUGCCCUGAAGUUCUGUUUAAAGGCUGAAGGUUUAGCUGAAGAUGAUCCGGAAUUCAAGUUUGCCGGUGCACCCAUCCCGUGAUUGAGUUUGCUAAAUCCACUUGCCCCACUGUAGUGGAUUGCUGUGUUCUUAUUAUAACAUUAUCUCCUAUAAUUGAAUUGCUAAAAGCCGACCCAUGAAAUGCAUGCUGUGUGUAUAACUAGUUCUCACAGCAGAAUGUGGGAUCAGGAAAGAAUUCUUGCUUUGGGCACCUAGCUCUGCGACUGUAAGUUCUUUAGCAACCUCAAAUAGAAGUUUUCAGAGGUCAAAUGAAAUGUAACACCACACCAGCUUCUUUUGCUAAUAGGAAAUAGAAGAGUUUGGACUUCAGAAACAGUUCAGUAUGCACUGUUUGGAAUUAUGAAACUUCAUUGUGUACCAUGUGAAGCUGACUGUAUUCUGUGAUUUAUCUUAAUAAAGAUAUCCGAAAAUAAAA